GCGGACCCUCCUCCGAGGCUCAGGACGCGGCGGCGGGCGCCAUUUCAGGGAGCAGUCGUUGCUGGCGGAAACUCCCUGCCUUCAGCCUCCUCGGUGCCUCCGCCGCUUUAGGCGUCAGCCCCGCUCUCCUCCCUCUCUUCCUUUCCCUCUCCCUCUCGGUUCUUGUCGAAACCCACCGAGGGUUUGGGUGUUCGGGGCCCGGCCCAGCUCCCUUCUCCUCCUCCUCCCCUCCUCCUCCUCCCAACAGGACAGACGGAGCCAGCAGCUUCCCGCCUCAGAGGCACCUGAGCCACAAGCGAGAGCCCCCGAGAGCCCAGGUGUCCUGAAAAAAUGGCUGAUGAUAUUGAUAUUGAAGCAAUGCUUGAAGCUCCAUAUAAGAAGACUUGCCUAACGAUAUCUCACCUCUACUCCCAUGAAUUCACCUUUGAUUCCAGUGUGAACUGUCAAUCAUAAGGUAGUAAUUGAGUGACGUAUCGCUGUACCGUGGUCCCCCUAGGUAAAAACAAACAAAACAAACAAACAACACUCUCCUAAAAACUACCAGCUCAAUUUUGGUAUAGCAACAAGGUGAAUGCAGUGGUUUGAGCAAAUAGCAGGGUUCCAAGAAUAACCUUUUCAGGUUAAUGGCAAGCAAAUCCUUAGUCUUUAAAGCAAGAAGAGUGACUUAUUUUUUUGAAAAAAAAAAAAAAAGAUAGGCGGGUGAUUAAUCUUUAACAGAACAGGUGGCAAUCAGCUGUUGUGAGAAAGACCUUCCCAAAAUUCUUGGAUCCCUGAAUGGUUCACAUUUUAAUAAAAAUAAAAAUAUUGCUGUCUGCCAUUCAUUGUGAAAAAGUAUUUGUCUAUUUAGUCAGUGAGUUUUAGAAAUUUUACUAUGAUAUCUUUACAUUUUUUGAAGAUUUUAUACCUAGUGUCAUAUCUAAGUAGGCAGCAAGUGUAUUAAGUUUUCACCAGAUAUUGGUGAAACUGUUAAAUUAUGCAUGCAGUAGCACUGGCUUCACAAAACUUUAUAUGCAAAAUUAAACAAUGUAGCAGUUGAACUCAUGGUGUAACUGGUGUGAUAACUACAGUAAACAUAACAGCAACUGUUAGUUCAUUUUGGAAUAUGUUUAGUGCAGCUAUAUGGUAUGAGAUUUGGAAAGUGCUUGUAACCUUUUAAAUUUCAUAUUCUAGUUUUAUGUAAUUAAUAGCUUGUAAUAUCUUGAAGUGAGUCAUAAUUUGUAAUGUUAAGAAUCUUGUGUACUAGAUUAACAUGGAUAUUUUCCAUGUAAACAGGUAUGGAAAUAGGGACUAUUUAGGCUGGACUGGUUGGAUUAUUGAUGACUGACUUGGGAGUCGACGUUACUAAAGCAGUGUGAAUCCCUGUUUGCUUCAGGGCGAGAUGUGUGACAGAGGUGGCAUCAAGCUCUUACAAGUCCCAACCCUGCAACGAAAAUGGGCGAAGAUCUCAGGAAUGGCAUCGGUCACAGGAAAUCGAUAGUGGCUGGCUGCUAGCAUGGCCACUUGGGGCUUAGGCAGAGAUAUAGCCUUGGUACUGGUCAAAAGGGAUUAUAGUACAUGGAAAUGUUUUUAAACAGAAUACUACUUUUUCGUUUUGUUCAAGUAACCACUUGAGUGCUGAAAACUGCGGCAUAACUUUGUCGUGUAAGGAAGUAUAUACAAUUAUAUAUCUUUUAAAACAGUAAUUCUUGCAUUUAUAAUCGUACAACUUAAAUGUAAGCAAAAGUGGUUAAACAAGUCUACUUUAACUAGUAGCAUUCCAUAUUAAAUGUAAAACCUAGCAUUAAAUUUUUCAUUUUUGUAUUUUCUUAUCCCUGUUCCCAUUACCCUUUUGACCACUUGAAAUGUUUCCACUUCGUCCUUAUGAUGUUCUUCUAUCAACCCUGCUUAGGAUGAGAACAAAUUGAGCAGUGCCAAUGGCCAUGAAGAGCGCAGCAAGAAGGGUUGUGUUCUACCUCACCCCCCUUCCCUAUGGCAAAAACUGCAGCACCUCAUGUCCUGCAGUGUUCAAUGGUGGCGUGCGUGGGUGGACAUUGAAAUCAAUGGUGCUUACCAUCUGUGGAAGGUCAAAUCUGUGGAUGGCCCCGUGGUUGAGUAGCAGCAUUAGUUUGUACUUGGUACCAGUUGCUGGACUCAUAAGGUCUUGUAAAAAUGAAAAUAGAUCUUCCAGCCUGAAGUCUGUUCACCUAUGCUUUGAGGAGAACAGAGACCCCAAUCUGCACAGAACACUGAAUUUCAGGAGAAAAAAGAGUAAGAGUAGAAGCCGUAGUCAUGACAGGAAGAGAAGUAGAAGUAAGGAACGCAAACGAAGUCGUGAUCGUGAAAGGAAGAAAAGCAAAAGUCGAGAGAGGAAACGGAGUAGAAGUAAAGAGCGGAGACGUAGCCGUUCAAGAAGCAGAGAACGUCGAUUCAGAGGCCGUUACAGAAGUCCUUAUUCAGGUCCCAAGUUCAAUAGUGCCAUCAGAGGAAAGAUUGGCUUGCCUCACAACAUCAAAAUAAGUAGACGACGAUCUAGAAGCAAAAGUCCGUUCAGGAAAGACAAGAGUCCUGUAAGGGAACCUAUUGAUAAUCUUACUCCAGAGGAGAGAGAUGCUCGAACAGUGUUCUGUAUGCAACUUGCUGCAAGAAUUAGGCCCAGAGACCUUGAAGAAUUUUUCUCUACAGUAGGAAAGGUCCGUGACGUACGCAUGAUUUCAGAUAGAAACUCCAGACGUUCCAAGGGAAUUGCUUAUGUGGAAUUUGUUGAUGUUAGUUCGGUACCUUUGGCAAUUGGAUUAACUGGACAGCGAGUGUUGGGAGUACCAAUUAUUGUACAAGCAUCUCAAGCAGAGAAAAACAGAGCAGCAGCAAUGGCUAAUAACCUACAAAAGGGCAGUGCUGGCCCCAUGAGGCUCUAUGUAGGAUCAUUACACUUCAACAUAACUGAAGAUAUGCUUCGUGGAAUCUUUGAGCCAUUUGGCCGGAUUGAAAGCAUUCAACUGAUGAUGGACAGUGAAACCGGGCGUUCAAAAGGAUAUGGAUUUAUCACUUUUUCAGAUUCAGAGUGUGCUAAAAAGGCUUUGGAACAACUAAAUGGAUUUGAACUGGCUGGCAGACCAAUGAAAGUAGGUCAUGUAACUGAACGUACAGAUGCAUCCAGUGCUAGCUCAUUUUUGGACAGUGAUGAACUGGAAAGGACUGGCAUUGACUUGGGAACAACUGGUCGCCUUCAGUUGAUGGCAAGACUGGCUGAAGGUACUGGUUUGCAAAUUCCUCCAGCUGCACAACAAGCUCUGCAGAUGAGUGGCUCAUUAGCAUUUAGUGCUGUAGCAGAUUUGCAGACUAGACUUUCGCAGCAGACUGAAGUAUUGGCUGCGGCUGCAUCAGUACAACCCCUUGCAACACAAUGUUUCCAGCUUUCCAACAUGUUUAACCCUCAAACUGAAGAUGAAGCAGGUUGGGAUACAGAAAUUAAGGAUGAUGUCAUUGAGGAAUGUAACAAACAUGGGGGAGUUGUCCAUAUUUAUGUAGACAAAAAUUCAGCACAGGGCAACGUAUAUGUAAAAUGCCCUUCAAUAGCAGCAGCAAUUGCAGCUGUUAAUGCGUUACAUGGAAGGUGGUUUGCAGGUAAAAUGAUAACAGCAGCAUAUGUACCUCUGCCAACAUACCACAACCUUUUCCCAGAUUCUAUGACUGCAACCCAACCAUUGGUUCCUGCUCGGCGGUGAAGAUGGAUUUAGUCAGUUUUGUACAUAGCUAUUUUUGAAGGAAGAAUUGAGUUAACUUUUAUUUAGAUGAAAACAAAAGAAAAAGGUGUAAAGACCUUUUGUGUACACUUCCUGUUACCUUUCAAGAAAAAAUAUAGCAAGCAGGAAUGCUAUGUGUUCAUUCUCUUGGUUAGCAUUCCCACUGUAUACAAAGCUGACUAAUUGUUCUGCCUUGUAAUUCUUGUACAUUUAGAAUAUUUGGCUAAAGUGAGCUAUAGGAACAGAUGUAGCUUAUAGAACAGAUUUUUCUGUAAAAGGCGGACAGGACAUGAUUUUUAAUGUUUCACAAGCCUUUUCUUUUAAAGCAGGAACUGCAUUUUACAUUCAGUUAAAUGCUCUGCUAAAGGUUAAUAUCAGAUUUAACUGGACAUAUUUAGUGUGUUUUGUAUGGACUGAAAAUUCAAGAGGCUACUGAGUGAUUUUGGUCAGCUAAUCUACUCACUUAAUGGUGACUGGUUAGCAAAACUGGGAAGAUUAGAGGAUUUUAUUUCUAGAUGGUAACUUUUGAUUGUCUCUGUAAAAGUUUCUUGUAAAUAAGGUGUAAGGUGUGUUUAGAAUUCCAAACAAAGCUAUCUCUGCAUUUCCAGAUUAAAGUUCCAUUGAUUGCAGGGAAUGUAUUGAAAGUUGAAGUAGGAAAUGCAGGAAUAUAUUUUGUCUGGUUGCAUAUAAUCUCUGCUCUUUUUUAAGCUCUGUGAGCUCUGAAAUAUAUUUUGGGUUACUUCAGUGUGUUUGACAAAACAGCUUGAUAUUUCUAUCAACAGAUGACUUUCAUAUUGCAACAAUCUUUGUAAGAACCACUCAAAUAAAAUUCUCUUAAAGGCC